AGAUGGAAAAUGAACUGAUCUAAAACUGUUGGUCUUCAAAUUCAACUAUGUCAAAUACAAUUUCAACGGUUGUUUUAAGACGCUUUUCAGCGUUACAGGGUGUUUGGCGAAAUGGGAAAAGCUUUAAACCGAAUUCUACAGCUGCGUCGGGGACUAAACGAGUAGCAUCACCUGGGAAAGCAGCUUUUUUUCUUCGAUCUUCGUCCACUUCUUCGUCUUCUGCUGGCAAAAUAGUCUCGGAUGAGAAGCCGAAUUUUGAGGGAAUCGGGGAGAGCGAGUGGACUUACAAGUUGAAUCUGAUAGGCAAGGAGUGGGCCAAGAGUAUCCCUGUGUACAGAGUAUUGGGAGUGGAUGGGGAUAUCAAGGAGGAGUCUGAGAUUCCAAAGUUGAGUGAGAGUGAGGUGGUGGAAAUGUACAAGACAAUGGUGACGAUUAACCAGAUGGACAGGGUGCUGUAUGACUCACAGAGACAGGGCCGUAUCUCGUUCUACAUGACCAGCUAUGGGGAGGAGGCCACCCACGUGGGCAGUGCAGCCGCCCUCAACCUCGAUGACGUCAUAUACGCUCAGUAUAGGGAAGUGGGCGUGUUGUUGUGGCGUGGCUAUUCAUUGGAGAGUGCGAUGAACCAGUGCUUUGGCAACUGCAUGGACCCUGGGAAGGGGAAGCAGAUGCCAGUGCACUACGGGGCCCCAGAGCUCAACUUUGUCACCAUCUCCUCCACACUUGCCACCCAGAUGCCACAGGCCGUGGGUCACGCGUAUGCCCUCAAACAAAAGGCACCCGGUACCAUUGUCACGUGUUAUUUCGGGGAGGGGUCGACGAGUGAGGGCGACGCACAUGCUGCAUUCAAUUUUGCCAGCAUCCUCAAGUGUCCAGUGAUAUUCUUCUGUCGCAAUAAUGGCUAUGCAAUUUCGACUCCGACCAAGGACCAGUAUGCGGGCGAUGGGGUUGCAUGUAGAGGAGCGGGUUACGGGAUGCCAGUGAUAAGAGUAGAUGGCAAUGACAUAUUUGCAGUCUACAAUGCGACUGCGGCCGCCAAGCGACUCUGUAUUUCAGACAACACGCCGGUGCUAAUAGAAGCAAUGACUUACAGAGUGGGUCACCAUUCGACUAGUGACGACUGGACAGCAUACAGAUCUACGGAGGAGGUGUCCUACUGGAACGAGAUAGAUCACCCCAUCUACCGGCUGAGGAAGUACAUGGACUCAAAGGGAAUGUGGGACGAUCAACAGGAGGAACAGUUCGUCAAAGCCCUCCGACAGAAGAUCAUGCAAUCAUUCCGCAAAGCAGAAUCUUUCAAGAAGCCAGAUCCCCUUGAAACUCUAGGAGACGUUUAUGCAGAGAAAACGAAAUCUCUGAAAGAGGAAACGGAAAAACUCAGAAAUCACUUGAAGAAUUACGGAGACAAAUAUAACUUGGAUCAGUUUGAACCAAUUGGAAGCAGUAAUCCGCAAUAAUCUGACAAACCUUAUUCUUUAGUUGUUUAUUUAGUUAUUUAUUUUAUCAAGAUCUACAUGAUAGGUACUCUAGUUACUAAAUUAUUCCGCUUUUUGCAGAUUCAAAUUUGUACCCCUUAAUUUUUUGAAAAGCUCGCAAAUGUAAAAUGCAAAUGAUUUUACGAGAAGUCAUCAAAUCAGCAAAGUUAUUGGCUCUGGAUUAGAAAAUCAAAGUAACCCAAACGAUUUCAGGCCAAAGUUAUGAUCUAAGGAGCAGUUUUAAUAAUGAAGGAAGCAUAAGUUCUGCUUUAACCAUGGAGUUGCCACAGGUUGGUAAUUUUUGUGCUAUUUGCGGGUCAUUAGAUUUCGUGCCUUUCACGUGCCCUCAUUGCGAAAAGCAGCUAUGCGGUGACCAUGCUUCAAUGCCCAAACACAACUGUGAAAAGUUCACCCCAGAAAUUACUGCAGAUGAGAACUCCAGUAUGGUACCGGUGGUUCAGUGUUCAUUUUGUUCCAAGAAGGAGAAUUUUGAAAUAAAAUGCAACGAAUGUGGCUUUCCAUUUUGCGUCUCACAUCGUCACGCAGAAAGUCAUUCUUGCAAAGUCUUAGAAUUUAGAAACAGACUGCAAAACAAAUCAAAAACUGGUACGUCAUUGUCUUCAAAAAGUGAAAAUAAAAUUGAGUCCAAGAUUGAAAAAGUUCCAGCAAAAGUACCCAAAAGUGCUAAAAAUGAAGCUUUGGCAAAGAAAAUUGCUUUGAUGAAGUUGAAACAAACUGCGAGAGGUGACACAAAAGUAGCUGCCGAAGAAAGAUUGUAUUUCAAUGUGGUUCUUCCAAAUGGACAAACUGAACCUUUCUUUUUCAAUAGAAGACUUCAGAUCGGGAGAAUAAUUGACAUUCUUUGCUUGAAGUUUUCUCUGCAGCUGAAGAAUAGUGAUAAUCAGAAGUUAGGAAUAUUGGAUUCUGAGAAAAAUUGUGUAAUUGAUCCUUCUAGUGAACUAUCUGAACACGAGCACUUGAAUUGCUGUAAUUUAGAAUUAAAAUAUUUUGCAGUUUAAGUGUAAUUGUAAAAAGAUUUUUAGUUAUUGUGUUUGAAAAACUUUCGGUCACCUCAGUUGAAAA